GCGCUCUACUUCCAGCAGCUCCGGCGCCUCGUCCUCUUCAAAGGCCCCAAGUACUUCGUGGUGAGCGAGGAGCCCCUCAGUGUGGAGCCCUACUACCCCCGCAGCCUGCGGGACUGGGAGGGCUUGCCCCCCGGCACAACGGGCGCCCUCGCCCACCGUGACGGCUUCGUCUACUUCUUUCGGGACGACCAGUACUGGCAAUUCGACCGGGCGAAGCUACGAGUGGUGGCCACUGGCAAAUGGGCUUCCCAGUUACCCUGGAUGGGCUGCACGGUGGGCAGGACCUCUUCUGAACGGAGAGUGCUGGGAUGA